AACGGGUGCGUCGAAAAUGAUUCUAAAAUCAACAAACUCGAAAUUGAUAGGAAGCUGAUAUUCGUUGCUCUGAUGGUAAUCCAUCGUGCUAAAUCUAUUUCUGAAUCCUCGAAUCGCUUGCGAAGUCUGUCGAAGAAGGUUCAGCAACGUUUACAUCGUAUUCAGAACCCGAAGAAGUGCAGGUCUUCACCAAAAUUGUUGUGUGACUUGAACAAAAGCUGUGGUUUCGCGUGCCAAAUUCAUCACGUAAUUUACUGCUUGUUGAUGGCAUACUACAACAACCGUACGUUAAUCCUGAACGCCGACCGUUGGAGCUACAGUUCUCGCGGCUGGACGAGUGUUUUUCAGCCGCUAAGUGACACUUGCUCUUCUACCGACUAUGAUAGGAAUGCCGCCCUUCCGGCCAACGACCUUGUUCACAUCCCGAUCGUAGAUGCACUUCCUGACCGACCUACCUAUUUUCCUCUCAGCUUUCCUGAUGACCUUGCUCCCGAACUAAUCUACUUGCAUGGCCUCCCGCCAGCCUGGUGGAUAGGCCAACUUGCGUCGUACAUUAUGCGCUACCAACCUCAGUUCGAACAAGAGUUGGAAAAUAGGCGUCAGUCGAUUGGCUUCCAAAACCCUAUUGUAGGAAUACAUGUUCGACGCACGGAUAAACUAAUGGUUGAAGCUAAAUUCCAUCCAUUGUCCCAGUACAUGGCCAGUGUGGAGGAGUGGUACGCGAAGAAAAUACUGAGGAACGCCUCUGGUACUAAAAGGAGAAUUUACCUGGCCACCGACGACUCUUCGUUGCUGGCCGAAGCUCGGACUCAGUAUCCGUAUUACGAAUUUAUCGGUGACUCAGAGAUCGCCAAGAGCGCUGCCGUCCAUAAACGCUACAGCGAAGAGUCGCUGCAAGGCAUAAUCACCGAUGUACACUUUUUGGCCCGUUGCGACUAUCUCGUCUGCACGUUUUCAUCACAGGUCGGUUCUCAGCGAACUGAACUUGGGGGGGGGGCAUUUUGCUUUGUAUUACUAGAAGAUGACAACAGUCAGAACUUCGAUACUCUUAUUUUCUUCGUUCAUGUUUUGAAAAGAUGGGGAACGAUUAUAAUCUGUUAA